AUGUGCCAAAUUCUCGAAGGUUUGGAUGGCGUCGAAUGCAACAUCGAUGAUGUUCUAGUUCACGGUGCAACACAAGAAGAACACGACCGAAGAUUGGAAGCGGUUCUCCAACGACUCGGUAACGCCAACGUCACGCUAAAUGCCGAAAAGUGCGUGUUUAACGUCUCGAGUGUGAAAUUCCUAGGUCAGAUCGUGGGAGCUGAUGGCAUCAAACCCGAUCCAGAGAAAAUACAAGCGAUUCUCGAAAUGCCACACCCAACCAACCUACAUGAAGUCCGUUCCUUUCUUGGAAUGGUAAACCAAUUUAGCAAAUUUACCACCAAUCUUGCUGACCUGACAAAGCCCAUCCGAGAACUGCUAGUUAAGAACACUGCGUGGACAUGGGGACCACCACAACAAGACGCUUUUGACAAAAUCAAGAAAGCCCUGACAUCAGCACCGAUACUAACCUUGUACGACCCCAACAAAGCAACCAAAAUAGCGGCCGACGCAUCAUCAUACGGCCUUGGAGCGGUGGUGCUGCAAGAAGAACCAGACACCUGGAAACCUGUAUCAUUCAUUUCAAGGUCGAUGACAACAACCGAGGCCAGGUAUGCCCAGAUAGAGAAAGAAGCUCUAGCGGUAACUUGGGCAUGUGAACGGUCAAGCAAUUACAUAAUUGGAAAACCAAUAACAAUUGAAACUGACCACAAACCACUGGUACCUUUAUUAACCAACCAUACCAUCGACAAGUUACCUCCAAGACUACAACGCUACAAGAUGAGACUAAUGAGAUUCCACAUCAAAGAUGUUCGACACGUACCUGGAAAACUACACUACACAGCCGACACUCUGUCCAGGAAGAUACCUGAAAGCACAGUCCAACCAACCGUAGAAGAAAACGAAAUGAACGCUUACGUUUUAAGUGUAAUUGAUGCCUUGCCCGCAUCUAAUCCGAGAUUGAAGGAAAUCCAACAAGCCCAAGAUGAAGACGAGGUAUGCAAAGAAGUGAAGAAAUACUGUAUGGAUCAAUGGCCAGGAAAAGAUCAUGUCACUCCUGCCGUAAAACCUUACUGGUCAGUACAAGGAGAGCUCACCAUCGCCGACGGGUUAUUGCUCAAAGGAACAAGACUGGUCAUUCCAUCCCGCUUGCAACGCCAAACCCUCAACCAAAUACACGAAGGUCACCAAGGUAUCAGCAAAUGCAGAGAACGAGCCAAAAUAUCCGUUUGGUGGCCAGGACUCAGUGCCCAAAUUAAAGUCAUGGUCGAAAACUGUACAACAUGCAGCAAAUACAGACAGCAGCAUCCAGACCCAUUGAUGCCAACGCCACUCCCUCAAAGACCAUGGCAAUUGAUUGCAACAGACCUUUUCAUUCUAGAAAAGGUUACUUACCUACUGGUGGUAGAUUAUUAUUCUCGCUACGUCGAAGUUGUGGCAUUACCUAAAAGUACAAGUUCAUCGAAGAUCAUUCAAGCCCUGAAAACCAUUUUCGCCAGGCACGGGAUUCCUGACGAGGUAUGUUCCGACAAUGGGCCUCAAUAUCAUAGUGACGAAUUCGCCCAGUUUGCAAAGGAGUGGGGAUUCAAACACAGUACCAGCAGCCCUCGUUAUCCUCAAGCGAACGGCGAAGUGGAACGAGCAGUAAAGACAGUGCAAAACAUCCUGAAGAAGGAACAAGAUCCAACAAAAGCACUACUGGCAUAUAGAUCAACACCAUUAGCAAGUGGAUACUCUCCAGCAGAAGUCCUUAUGGGAAGAAAGAUAAAGUCAACAAUACCAAUAACACUACCACAUUUAACACCACAACUGCCAAACCAGAAACUCUUCAUAGAAAAAGAAGAAGUAUAUAGAUCGAAGCAGAAAAAGAACUUUGACAAUCGCCACAAAGCUCAACCAUUAAAACCUCUACCACCAGGAGCAACAGUUUACAUCACAGACAUGGAUUGUACCGGAACAAUAAUUAGACCAUCCAAGAAACCAAGAUCAUAUCUGGUUGAUACUCCUACAACGGUAGUAAGACGAAACCGAGUACACCUGCAAAACAUUCCCACGAACAGGAAACAACACCAUCAUUAAAUAUAAAUAGCAGACCUAGCAGAAUUAAAACAUUGUCUUUGAAAGCAAGAGAAAAUCUUGGACUAGAGUAGGUGACAUUCAAAAUUAUUAAAACAUUAAAGUUACAAUCAAAAUAAGCGAAAGACUUAGCUAAGUUGACAUUAAGUUUUACAUCUUUAAGAAAAGGGAGAUGUAAUGUGAUUCAAUUAAUAUUAACUAUUACUAAUGACGGGGCCACGUGUAUAUAAACUAAUGUAUUGAUAUUAAAGUCUCUUUUCAAACCUUACUACAAUACGGCUGUCCAGAAACAGUGAUAAGUGACAAUGGCCCACAAUUUUCCAGCGAAGCAUUCGCCACUUUUGCCAAAGCGUGGGAAUUCGAGCACCGUACCAUAAGCCUCUGGAAUAGUAAAGCUAACGGGAAAGUCGAGGCGGCCGUAAAAGUAGCCAAGCAGCUUCUACGCAAAGCACGAGAUAGCAACGGAGAUAUACAUCUAGCUCUCCUCGACCAAAGGAAUACUCCUACGCAAGGAAUGACCACAAGUCCUGCUCAGGGGUUCUUAAAUCGAAGAACGAAAACGUUGCUGCCAACCAAAGAAACAUUGCUACGUCCAGCAGUACCAUGUCCCGCGGAACAACAGCAAAAGAUCAAGGAAAAACAAGAGACCCAAGCGCAUUAUUACAAUCGUAAUGCUAAAGACCUACCAAAACUGAAAAAAGGGGAGGUAGUUCGGAUUAAGCCAUCGAAGCCUGCGGUCCGUAUUUGGGAGAAAGGUGUAGUGGUACAGAGAAGUGAUGAUAGAUCGUACAUUGUAGAGACCGCUGAAGGAACUAGGUAUCGCCGUAAUCGGUAUCACCUCAGAAAGACUGCAGAGUCAGCUCCUGUACAAAGUGAAGUCGGGGAAGUUGAUAUUGAAACAGACUGCGAAAGUCCCAAGGAGGAUAAUGGAAUCUUAGAAAAGCGACCAAGUCCAGGCUUGGAACCGAUGAGAAAGGAACCAGGAACACUUAGCACAGCCAAACAUCAGCCUGAGACUUCUAAGCCAGCACGUCCACAACGUGUACGCAAAACACCAGCAUAUUUUGCUGACUAUGCACUGGGAUAAACAUGAUAAACGUUAAAAUUGACAAUCUUAAAGUGUGGACACAGUCACAGACUCUUUAAGAGCACUGGCAUCAGAGCCAGAGAUACAACGGAAGGCGGAACUGCAAAACGGGGAGGAUGUUACAAUAUGUACUAAAUGUACGUUAUAAUAAUACGAUUACUAGUUAAUAGUAAUAAUAGGUUUGAUAUUAAGUUACUUUGAUUGACAGAUGACUGAAGAUAUAAAGAAAAACAAUAUAGGAAUUAAGGCGUGGAAACAAAUGCAGAGACUAGAGAGUUUGUAUAUUAUGUAAGGUUGAUAUUAAAAAGUUUGAACGUUGAGUACAUGAAACACUGUGUGUAACCAUAUACAGUUAUGUCUGCCGGGUUUUAAUAUUCAUUUGACUAUUUUAAAUUGACAAUUUUAUAUUGACUAUUUUACUUAUGUUGCUAUUUGCUAUAUUUUCGUAAUCAGAUUUUGGUAUAUCCAAUCAUGUUAUCGUGCAAACAUUGCUUGGGAAUCGGCUGGGUUCUGAUACCAUUUAAAGAUUGAGACCAGAAUUGAGACUUAAUGUCAGAUAAACUACCUGUAAUAUAUAGAGGAACGUCGACAUGUUCUCAGUCUCUUUCCAACUUACUGAAAUCACAUUUUUCCCUUUACUAAUAUUACACGAUAUGAUCCGUGAGUCGUCUCAUUGCGACCUUUGAUUUUAAGUCAGGGAAGUUUUCUUGCGUGUUUACAGGCGAUAUUUCAGGGUUAACUAGGUCCACAUUAUCCUCAUUCUGGUGUUCGGUUAAUACUUCCGACAUUUGAUGUUGUAACUCGUCUUCAAGGUCACCAAUAACUCUGCAGCUUCGUUGGUGCAUUUUAAGACCGCGAGCCCCCUUACAGACCUUACCACAGCAACAUUUAACAGCCUUGUAAGAUUUAACCGGAAAAUAAUAAUAAUAAUAAUGGAAACUUUAUUAAAUGUUUUUCUUUACAUACAUAUACAAUCGUAAAUCUCUCCCAUGAAGGUAACUUACGGUUGGCUAUUUGAAUCACAAUUAUACUAAACUAAAAUAACAGAACAAAGUGCAUGCAAUAUAUAUAUAUAUAUAUUUACAAUGAGAUAAGUCAAAUUGUUAGUAAAUCCGGAUUUUCCCAUUCCUUAUUUCGGCAGCAAAAAAUGUAAUAUGUAGUUCUAAUAGCAAUAGUCAUCAUUUUCCUAACGCAGUACAUUUGUUGGUUUUUGUCAAGACCAAUGCUUUCUAACAUGUCUAAAAAUGUAUAACAUUCUUCUGCAAAAAUACCUAAAGAGCUGAUGGAGAGAUUUAUAAAUUUAACUUGGUUAAAAUUGUUACCUAGCUGUCUCAAUAAUUCUCUAUAUUUAUCCUUCUUCCGUUUUACGUUGUUUUUUAGGUUUGUCUCAUAACCAGUGGUGAGUUCAACCACAUAUAAGGAACCAUUUGAGCACGAUAAUAACAAAUCUGGGCGAUACGUAUCACCAGUAAGUAUUGAAGGGCUUUUGAAUCCAUUUAGAUCAGCGUAGAGAGUAGAACCGUCAACAGUUUGUAAAGUAUGAGCAAGAAAGUUCAGGACUGAAUUGUGUCUCCACGUAAAUCGGUCGAGAUAAAACUGACAUCCAGCUACUAUGUGUAGUAAUGUUUCAGGGCUAAGAAAGUUGUAAAUGUUUUUCGGGAGCUUUGAUUGGGCGAUGGACCACACCUUGUUAAGCUGAGGUAAAGCGAACUUCUUGACGCUGCAGAAAAAGGAUCCUUGACUGGUUAAUUGGUUUAGGAGUUUGUUUUCGUGUCCAGAACGGAAAUCUUUGAGAACUUCCUUAGUAGAGUUAUAAGCGUCAUAUUGGAUAUUAGUAUGGUUACUGGUUGCUCUCCACAGGUCGUUAGUUGAUUCAUUAGGAAAAGAUUUUAAAGCUUUUCGGAGGACUGUUUGACACUGGAUAAAUUUUACAGAUGGAGGAUAAAUACUCAGGCCAAAUUUGUUAUUUGUUAGAAAGACAUUACUUAGUGUUCCUGAUAUUGGUACUUCAAGCCAUCUGCGGAUAUAUUUGUUGGCAAUAGAAUCGAUAUUUCCAGUAACCCAUGUUUUAGAGAGUGUUGCGACGGUAAAGUGCCAGGCUAACUUGGACAAGACGUAGCGACUGUAGAGGAGCAGUUUAUUUUUGGGGUGUAGUGGCUUUGAGUCAAUAUCAGACAUUAGUUCAUUAAGUAGGGUUGUUAGUUCAGUUUAUGAUUAUCAUUCGACAUGUGGAAAUCAAAGUAACGUCCUAAAUAUUGAAAUGAUUCUCCAAUGGUGAUUUUUUGUAUUAGUUGAUUGCUGAUGAGGAGUUUUGGCAAGUACUGGACUGAUUUUGUGAUCGCUUUUUUAAUGCCAAAGGUACUGCAUUUGCCAACUCGGAUAAUCAUAUCGGACCAUUGGCACCAGAUAGAAAAUCGAUUUAAUAGAUGUUGGUUUUCGGAUUCUUGGCCAGUAAUUACAGCCGUGACAUCAGCAAACUGGAACCAGUUGAUGGGAUUUAAUAAUUUGAAGGAAAACCCAAAUUGACGGUACUUAUCGUGAAUUAGCUCAGUAAGGUAAGUUCUCAGAUAAGGACAAUGCUUGAAACUUAUUAUAGAAAGUUGAUCAAGAGGGCAAGGAGAACCGCCAGACGAUUUCAUUUUGCGUAUAACAUUCGUAAUUUGUUGAUAGGUCGGGGGGUCAAGGUUAAAUUGAACUUCAGGAUCAGAUAACUUUGGGAUCCAGCUGGGAAUUACAAAUAGCUUGUUUGGAUUAAUUUUAGCCAGAGAUUUAGAGAAAUAAGAAAGGCAAUCAGUCAUGUUAAAUGAUGGUAAUACUGCGUCUUUUCUAUUGAUUAUAUUUUUAACAUAGCCCCAAAAGCUUCGUUCCAGAUAUUUGUUGUGAUUAAAAGAUUCACUGUCAUUUAAGUCAUCGGCGUCGUUGCUAUUGUUACGGAGCCUGUCACGCAAUGUACGCGAUACGUAUUUAAUUUCACUGAGUUCACCCUUUUUGGAUUUUAAAUUUUGUAAGGCUUUCUUUAACUCUUUAACCGUAUACUCUUUAUAUUUAGCUACCAUAUUUUUGUCGGGUACAGUUUCAGUAUGUCCAUAAUUAUUUGCAAAGUAGUUGUAUAUCGCGUCAUUUAAAAGCUUGAUUUUUGAAUUUAGAUCUUGAAAUGUGAUUGGAUCAUUUGGCUGGAAUGCAUAUUUAAAAUAAUCAUUAGCCGUUGACCAUUCAGAAUCAUUUUUCGGGAGAUUUAUGCCUUUCUUCAGUUCAGGAAAACUUUCGUAAUUAACUGUAUUAAUAUCAUUGCCAUUGUGUUCAUUUUCUGAAAUAUUUUCGCUGUUAUCCGUAGUUAUUUGCUCCUCAAGAUCUGCACAAAGCUCGUCGUUAAGGCCAUGUAUCACUUGACAACUGCGCUGAUGCAUUUUAAGGCCGCGCGCCCCUUUGCAUAUCUUGCCACAACAUUUAACAACCGUGCGACUUGACACAGGAACAUUAGGGGACUGCAUUACAGGCACUUGUCUUGUAGUAGCGUCAGGGGGAUCUUGUUCUGCUUGGUUAAUCCGUUGUUUACACUUUACAACGCCAUGAAUGGCGACCGAGCGAGACGAAGUCUUUAUCACAAAACGAACAGACGACGCAAGUCAAUAGCAUGGCAAUAAAACUUGAACGAAUCAUGAUGAUGAUCUUCUUAUGAUUAUAAAUUUUAACAAUUAGUAAGAAAUACUGUGAUUCAAAUACAACUGACCAGCGAUAAAACUAUGACAUGUAGCCUACAGAGCACGUCUGAACACGGCUCUGCUCGAUGUAAUCAAUAAUAAUAAAUAUAAUAAUAAUAAUAAAUAUAAUAAUAAUAAUAAUAAUAAUCAAUAAUAAUAAAUAUUAUAAUAUAUAAUGGAAACUUUAUUUAAUAAUUUUCGGUUAUAUACUAUAUAUAUAUAUACAAUUGUAAAUCUCACUAAUUAAGGUAACUUUACAAUUGGCUAUUUGAAUCACAACUAUGAACUAAUCAAAAUGACAAGACAGAAUACAUGAAAAUAUAUAACUAUACAAGACAAUCAGAUAUUUCAAAUAGUUAACAAGUCCGGACUUUCCCAUUCCUUAUUUCGACAGCAGAAAAUGUAAUAAGUACUUCGAAUGGCAAUAGUCAUCAUUUUCCUAACACAGUACGUUCGGUAGUUUUUGUUGAGACCAACAUUUCCUAACAUUUCUAAGAAUGUAGAGCAUUCUUGCGCAAAAAUACCUAGGGAACUCAUGGAAAGAUUUAUAAAGUUUACUUCGUUAAAAUUUUCAUCUAGUUGUUUUACUAGUUCUCUAUAUUUGGCUUUUUUUUCCGUUUAACGUUGUUUUCGAUUUGUCUCAUAGCCAACAGUGUGCUCGACCACAUAAAAAGAGCCAUUCGAUAAUGAUAACAACAAAUCCGGGCGAUACGUAUCGCCAGUUAUUAUUGACGGACUUUUGAAUCCAGGCACAUCAGCGUAGAAGGCAGAACCGUUCACAGUUUGCAAAGUAUUGGCAAGAAAGUUCAGGAUUGAAUUGUGCCUCUACGUAAAUCGAUCGAGAUAACACUGACAUCCAGCGACCACGUGCAGUAAUGAUAUUAUUAUUAUAAUAAUAAUAUAAUAAUAAUAAUACUAAAUAAUAAUAAUAAUUACUAAAUAAUAAUAAUAAUAAUAACACUUUACUUAACAAGACUUUACGGAUGAGAUUCAUAGAAGAAACGAGAUUCAUAGAAGAAAAGUGAAGAGAAGGGCAACAAAGAGGGGAAAAAGAGUAUUGGAAUAGUUAAGGAACACGACGCAAAAUCGAUUAACAAAGAAGGAAGAGCUUCUCAAGGUUAAAGAAAUAUGGCUUCAGGAAUUACGAUGCCGAAAGACAAAAUUGGGAAAAACAAUUAGGACAAGAGACAAAAAAAAUCCGAAACAACAGAAUGUUUAAAGAGAACGAAGGGAUGUUUUACAGAAAGACAAAUAGUACCAAGGAAAGGAGAGACGUGCCGGACAUCGACAAAUUUGUUGAAUUCUGAGCAGGCAUUUGGGAAGAUGAAACUAGUACUCCACACAGGCGGUGGAUGAGAACAUUUUCUGAGAAGAUCAGGGCAAAAGUAACCAAUAUAGAAGAGCUAACAAUCACUAAAGAGAAGUUGUACGAGACAGUUAGAAAGAGGAAGAAUCGGUCAGCUCCUGGAAUUGAUGGAAUACAGAAUUUCUGGUGGAGAAAGCUCAGAGGAACGUGGAAGGCACUUGUAAGAAGUUUAAUGAAUGGAUUGAACAACCGGAGCGAAUACCAGAAUGGAUUACACACGGAUUUAAGUGACAGAAGGGAAUACAGACCUGUAACCUGCCUGAAUACAUGUUAUAAGUUCUUGACUGGGAACAUAGGUUGCUAUAUGAAGGAGCAUGCAGAAAGAAACAACUUUUGGGAUAGAAGUCAAGUUGGAACAUGCUCUGGCGUAUCUAGUCGACCAACUUAUAGUGGAUAACACAAUCAUGGAAUAAUAAUAAUGGAAACUUUAUUAAAUGUUUUUCUUUACAUACAUAUACAAUCGUAAAUCUCUCUUAUAAAGGUAACUUAUACAAUUGGCUAUUUGAAUCACAACUAUACUAAGAAAUACUGUGAUUCAAAUACGAAAUCAACGAUAAAACUAUUGACAUGUACGGAGCACGUAUAAACGUGUCUCUGCAAUAAUAAUAAUAACAAUAACAAUAACAAUAACAAUAACGAUAACGAUAAUAAUAAUAAUAAUGAAAACUUUAUUGAAUUUUUUACGUAUAUAUACAAUUGUAAAUCUCACUACUGACUUAGGUAAUUUACAAUAGACCUUUCCCCUUAUAACCAAAAUUUUGAUCUAGGCAAGUCUAGACAAAUAUUUCAUCACAGCUUGAGCGUCACAAAAUUAGUAAUAUUCCAAAGUUUCGUUGCGAAAUGUUGUAAAAUGAGGAAAAUAGAGCCUUGCGAAGUUUGCAAUUUUCAGUCAUUUUGUAUUACAAACGGGAAAUUGCAGCCCCAACACCCGAAUCGUAUGUCAAUUUCCCGUUUGUAAUAUAAAAUGACUGAAAAACGGCAAACUUCGCAAGGCUAUAUUAUCCGCAUUUUACAAGAUUUUGCAACAAAACUUUGGAAUAUUACUAAUUUUGUGAUGCUCUUUCAAGCUGUGAUGAAAUUUUUGUCUAGAUCGAAAUUUUAGUUAUAAGGGGAAAGGUCCAUUGGCUACUUGAAUCACAUAGUACUACAUAUGUACUAUUUACAGUAAAAACAAGAAUAAAAUGGGUAUAUGAUUAUAUAUAUAUUACUAUAUAUAGUUAUUAAUUUAAAUGUUUAACAAUUCAGGGUUUGUCCACUCUUUGUUUCGACAGCAAAAAAUAUAGUACGCUGCUCUAAUGGCAUAAGAUGUCAUCUUUUUUAUGCAGUAAUGUUGCUGCUUUUUUGUUGCUGCUUUUUAUGCAUUCCUAUAGUGUCUAACAUUUCUAAAAAGGUGAAGCAUUCUUUGUCAAACACACCGAGAGAGCUCAUUCAUAAAUUUACAAAUUUAGGUAUUUAUAUUUAGCUUUUUUGCGUUCAACGUUAUUAUGUAGAUUAGAUUCAAACCCGACAGUAAGUUCAACGACAUAAAGAUCUUCAUUUGGAGUAAUUAAGAGUAAGUCCGGUCGAUAUAGGUCACCGGUUAUAAUUGACGGGCUUUUGUAGCCGGAUAGGUCAGCAUAAAGUUGACAUGGAUUUAUUGCGGUUUGAAACGUUUCAGCAAGAAAGCUUAAAAUAGAAUCAUGUCUCCAAGUAAAGCGCUGAAGGUACGAUUGGCAGCCGGCUACCACGUGUAGUAGGGUUUCAGGAUACAAACAAAAGGAACAUUCGGGACUUGAAGCUAAACCCCAUCUUGUAAGUUUUUUUCGCGUAGGAAGAGAGUUAUUUAUGUAACGGACGGUGAAGUUGAUAAUGUUCUUUGGCAGUUUUGAUUGAGCGGCAGACCAAAGUGUGUUUAACUGUGAAAAGGAAAACUUUGCAACAUUCGAGAAAAAUGAACCUUGACAAAUUAAACGGUGUUGAAGCUUAUCUUCUUGUCCAGAACGAAAAUCCUUGAGAACUUCCUUUGUUGAAUUAUAUAUGUCGUACUGAAUAUUAGUGUGAUUGUUAGUUGGUUUCCAGAGUUCUUUUAUGGAAUCAUUUGGGGAUGUUUUCAAGGCGUUGCGUAGGACAGUUUGACAUUGAAUAAAUUUGACGGAUGCAGGGAGGAUAUUCAGACCGAAUUUGUUAAUAACAAUAAUAAUAAUAAUAAUAAUAAUAAUAAUAAUAAUAAUAAUAAUAAUAGUAAUACUUUACUUAACAAGACUUUACGGAUAAAGUACAGCUUGUUUCCAAUCUGGUAAUAUUCAAAUCAUAUUACCUAUAUACUUUAUAAAGGCCUGUUGACACUCUAGUGCAAUUUUCUCCUUUUGGUGCAUGUGAACGAGUAGAUGAGUUUUGUACUCUCAUCUGAAAUAAUUUAUCCACUCAUUCACAUUCAUCAGAAGAAAAUUACACCUAAAAUAAAAGCAAAAAUUGCAAGUGGAAACAGGGCUUAUUGUGUAAAAAUAAACCUACAGUAAUUACAUGGAAAAUGCAUGCAUCUACCUGACAGGGUCAAAAUAAAUGCAUUUCAUGCUUACAAACCUUGUAGUUCAUUAGUAAUUCACCAAGAAAUAUUGCAACGUUGCAGGCUCUUUCAGGAUUCGUGUGAAUUACAUCGUUGAAUCUACUAUAUUCACUACUACAUCUAUUAAAAUUAGCAAGAUUCAUAAAAAAUGUUUAAAAAUAAACAAAAAUAUGAGAAAAUUGUCUUAUACCAACCUGCGGUAAAUAUAUACUCCAACUUUUAUUUAGGUGUUUAAAAUUGUUUGGUCAAACUGAUUCUACAUCCAACUAUAUUGCAUCAUAAAAUCUAUAUGAUAUUCAUUUGUCUCCCACAGGGGCCUCAAUACAAGCCACAUAUAUUGUACAGCACACUCCCUAUCAGAGUUUUUCAGUGACUGCUUACAUUGUGAAUAGAUAGAACCGGACCUGACGUGAAGCAAACCAAGGUAGACUGUGAGCUUACAAAUGGCGCUUUAAGCAGCCGCUAUUAGUCCAUACCUCAUUAAUGAUCUGCCCCCAUGACCUAUGUGUUUAACCCACCCUGUCAACUAUCUGUUUAACUCACCCUAACAUUCUCUGAAUUAUCUACAUAGAAGUGACUAAAAGGAAUACGUACUGUAAAUCUUUAGGUUUAGGCAUGUAGAUUAUUUCAUGAAUCAUCGUCUAUCAAGAAUACUUUACUGAGGUCAACACCUCAUGAUAUUCGACAUGUUGUGCAAAGAGUUGUUCAUUCAAACAAAACAAUACACCAUAUAUCCUCCAUUACCCCCUCUUAACAACUAUAAAGUCAGUGCAAGAUACGUAGCUAGUAUAGAUACGGCUUAUAGCGCUUUACCUUUUUAGAAAUACCACCCGAAAUUCCAUGUGUUCUGUCGUUUUCGGAACUAAGUACUUAUCCAGGUGAUUAGCCAGUUUUGAUCCAGUAUACUGGAAGUUUUGCUGUGAUACACACUAUAAAACAAAAUGUAUUAUGUACAGUAUUGUUUUCCUCACAUACAUUUAGGGCAGUACAAAUUCUACUGUACACAUGCACCUGGACCUGCAGCAACUCAAGACUUAAUACUUCUAUUAGUAAUUAGAGCAAUCAAUAAAUACACACUUUACAUAAAGAAGACGUUUUGAAGAUCUCAAGAUGACCUACCUUUUCAAAUAGUAAGUCUGAUAGUUUUAUCAUGUCGUUUUCAACUCUAAUACAAACUGAUAAGUAGUUUUCCAUUAAUAUUGAUAGUUCAUCUAAUAAACCUGGAUCUUUUGUAAGUUGUUUUAUUUUGUUAUUCACAAAAUGUUCUAUUACUUGAAGUCUUUCCUCUGCUGUUUCUUCAUGUGUAAAGAAACCUUUACCUGGCACAAACUCUGGGGCAUUUAUUGCUGAAGCUAAACGACUUGAUAAAGUCUGUGCAGGAUUAAACGUUUGUUGAGAUGUUUUUGGUAUAAAUACUGGAUUAUUGACUGCUCUCAGUAAAACGUUGUCUACAUUUUGACUUUUAAUUUCUUUUGUCGAGUUUUCAACUUUCCUUUCUGUGCCAACAUCUGAAAAGAAAGAAAAAGAUAUUAGAUAAAAAGGCAUACAAAAUUAAUAUGAAGGUAAAAAGGGAUAUAAAACAAUAUAAUGGAGAGAAGAAAGAUAUGAGAAUGAAUGGCCAAAUAAAGAAUCAUAAACAGGAGAACAAAGAAAAAAACAAUAAGAAAAAUAAAGAAUGAUAUAGAGGGAACAUACAGUAGAAGGAAGUAGAGAGAAAAAGCAUUAUAAGAGAAAGUUAAACCAAAGGAAGAUUUCCAAGAAAACUAGGGAUCCAAGGAUAGUGCAAAGUUUCAAAUUGAAAAAGACACUGCAAGAACUGUAUAGGGUCUCCGACAACCUAGAACAGUAGCAGGCACGUUACUCAAAAAUGUAGAUUAGAACAACUUUUUUAAGAGAUAAAGAAUUCGUUAUCACUCCCUUCGAUUUCGUAACUCGUUUAUUAAAUGUUGGACUGCAAACGCUCUUAUUUGGGCAUGACGACUUUCUGUUCUGUAAAGGUGAUGGCUUACACUACGAAAUAAACAGUUACCAUCACCAACAAUGUUUACUGGCUUUCGUCCUAUUCGAGCUAGUCUUGUGAGUUGUGGUCAUUGGUCAAUACUGACAUAUUUGAAAUAUUUACGAGGACAUAAGAAAUUUCUGUCAGAUGUCUUUAUUCUUUGCAAUAUUACAUUUACUAGUGCCCACAACUUUAAGUUUAACGCUGUUUGACUUAAACAAUUUAUGUUUUCUAGUUCUAGCACGCUUUGUACUGUUUUUCAGACUUGCCAAGUUGUGCAUUGACAUUGACAAUUGUUUACGUCUUAGACUUAGCAUGAAACGGCUUCCUAAAUUUCCACAUAUAUGCAUUUGUUUGUUUCUGAAUUACAUAUUUUCGGUAUCGUGUGAAAAGCAAGAUGAUUUAGGAAUAGACUGCCUAAUAAACCCGUCUUAUUAUCAAAUAAACUAACUUUCUAACGGGAAUUCUAGAGGGCUUUCGACCUCGGCUUUUGCCCGCGUUAAAUGUUUACUGCGAGAUCUAUACUUCGACUAAAGGCUGUUUUCCACUAGGCGACAUUUUUCGACCGAACCGAAUCGAAAUUUCUCUUUGUUUCAUGAGCUCUCAAGCAGAACUAAUUGUAAAAAGACAAAGAGAAAUUUCGUUUCGGUCAAAAAAUUCCGCCUCGUGGAAUCAGGCCUUUAAGGCCUGUUUUAUACGUCGAAUUUCGGUCGCGUUGAAUACAAUUCAAACAAUAGAUAAUGAAGCUUAAUUAGGUUAUCAUCUCAUUAUCUAUUGUCUUAAUUGCAUUCGACGCGACCAAAAUUCGACGUAUAAAACCGGCCUAAAAUUGUUAUAUGGACAAUUAGAUGGCAAGG